GGUAGACCGGUUGGAUGCGUCCCACGACCAUGGGAUCACCGACGAUCAACGCAUAGACUUCGACCUUGUCCUGCGAAACCCUGAACUCCCUCGACUGCCUCUGCCAUGAACGGGAUCCCUCAUUCCCAGCUGGCACCUCUGCCUAACCAAGUGCCGUUCCGGAUUGUCUCUCCCACCAUCGGCUCGGGUGCAUACGCAUGUAUUAAGAAAGCCGCUCCCCUCAAGGCCGACAAUCCCGUCUUUGCGGUCAAGUUCAUCAACAAACUCUUCGCCCAGAAGUAUGGCCGCAUCAAGCAAAAGCAGCUCGAGAUGGAAAUAUCCUUGCACAAGCACAUCGGCCUCCACAAGAACAUCAUUGAAUUUUACGACCAUGGGGAUGAUCCGGCUUGGGUGUGGAUAGCAAUGGAGCUCGCCGAGGGUGGCGAUUUGUUUGACAAGAUCGAAGCCGACGCUGGUAUUGCAGAAGACAUUGCACACGUGUAUUUUACCCAACUCGUCAGUGCAAUCGGCUACAUGCAUUCCAAAGGCGUAGCUCAUCGGGAUAUCAAACCAGAAAACGUCCUUCUGUCUGCGGACGGCGACCUGAAGAUUGCAGACUUUGGGAUGGCCACCCUGUUCGAAUACCACGGCCGGACCAAACUCGCAACUACGCUGUGUGGGAGUCCGCCUUACGUUGCCCCAGAGGUCCUGUCGUGUAGUACACAAGCCGGCACGAAAGGAAGUGGGUAUGCAGCCAAUAUUGCAGACAUCUGGUCCUGUGGGGUUGUCCUGUUCGUCUUACUUGCAGGAAAUACCCCCUGGAGCAGACCAGUCGAGGGGCGUGAUGAGUAUGGGAGACCGAAUGAAUUUAGCGAGUAUGUUCAGAGCAAUGGGAAGCCGUCCGACGAGCUGUGGGAUGCGCUUCCCUUAGAAGUACUGUCCCUCCUCCGCGGCAUGAUGAGGGUUGAUGUCAAAACUCGGUUCUCCCUGGAGGAUGUGCGCCGGCACCCCUGGUUUACCAGACCAAACAGAUUUAUGGACCAGAAGGGUCGGCUAAAAGACCCGAUCACUAUGGCCACGAACAUGUUUGAAGCCCUCCAUGUCAGCUUCGAUGCGGAUCCAUUCGCAGGGACGCAGAGAAGUCGAAAUCCAGACGCCAUGGAAAUCGACGGAGAUUUUCGGGCCAGAUUCUCAUCAACCCAGCCAGAAACACCUGGGGAGGAUAUGCUUUUUGACUGGGGCCGACCAAAACACCUUGCUAUAUCAAGCACUCAAGUGGGAGCAGGUCUUACGUCGGCGACGCAGUCGGUAUCGACAGCACAGUAUCUCGAAGACGAGCCUUCCAUGUCACAGUUCCAGUCCAAUCCAAGCGUCCCUAUAAGUCGGACCCAGAUGGCUCGGCGAUUUCAUGAUAUCUUGCCCUCUUCAGGCCUGACCAAGUUCUAUUCUGGUUGGACGCUGAAUCUCCUCGUCCCCCAUGUCCUAGAGGCUUUGAGCCGACUAGGAGUGCCCACUCCACAUGUUCCUCGGCCUACGGCUCAAGACUACGAGUGUCUAGUCAAGGUGAAAACGCAAGACAGUCGCGGGUGUCCCUUGGGUGGUAAUAUUGCCAUGGAGCUGGUCAGCGAGGGACUGAUAGAGGUGUGCUUUGUCAAGGCCUCGGGCGAUCCCUUGGAGUGGCGAAGGUUCUUCAAGCGUAUGGCAGUGCUAUGUCAGGAUGCAGUCGUCAAGCCAGAGUUUUGAAGAGGUUUUGCAACCCAGAACUGCUUUCUCGGUGUUAAGUAGGCGCCAAUAAAAAAGCGAAGAUACCCAUACCCCAUACCUUUG